AUGUGCCGCCAAUACUUCACCCUGUACGAAUGGUGCCAUUGCGAAGAAGACGCUGGAAACAGCGUCUGCUCGGGCCACCGACGGAACAGCUGUCCGGGAAUUAGCAUCGAGACAGUCCACAUGCACUGCUUCUGCAACUCGCACGCAACGCGCAGCUUCAAGUCUGUGAAUCAAACGAAGAAGGUGGGCCAGGAUUCUAUGGAUGAGAAGGCUUCUUUCAGGAGGCGCUGGUUUCAGUGGUAUCAGUGGAGGGUGUCGCGGUUGCGGUAG